GCUAACGCGAUAAUGGAUGCACGGCCCCUAAGAUCCAUCCGCCACGCUUGCCUUCCCACGAAGAUGACGACAGAGCCAGCGGCCUCUUCAACGACUCCCCUCCAUCGCCAACCUCUGUAGACACUGCAAAGACGACACGCGCUUGUUGAGAAUCGCCCGACUCACCAUGGUAUCAGACACCACCCCACGAUGGGUUGCUGAGCUGCAAUCACCUGUUCCAGUCAGGGCGAAAAGCGGAAACAUCGCCGAUCCACCAGGAUUCCCUUCACAACUCCAGGGAAGCUCGAAGAAGCGCGACGCAAACAAGGACGGCCGGGCGCAGACCAAAACAGCCCCGACUCCCGAGGAGAUGGACACCCUCAAGGUCAAAAAAGCAUGGGAGGUUGCACUUGCGCCCAUAAAAGGCCUACCCAUGACCGCCAUCAUGAUGUAUAUGUCAGGCAACUCGCUGCAGAUAUUCACCAUCAUGACCGUCUUUAUGGCGUUCAAGAACCCCGUCGCCGGCAUCAUCGGCACCGCCCAGGCUUUCGAGCGUUUCGAGACCGAGACAAACAAGGACAAGAUGCUGCAGGUCAAGAUCGCCUACGUUCUGAUGCAGUUUGCUGCUCUAGGGCUGGCCGUCUGGAAGGUUAAUGCGAUGGGUCUUUUACCGACAACAAGAUCAGACUGGUUGGCUUGGGAAGUCCAGAGAGAGCCAUUGGAGUACGCCGUGCCUGCAUUAUAGAGACAAGAGUCGAUCAAUAUAUGGCCCGCACCCCGUGCAGCCAAAACUCAGCCUAGAAAUCACGGCUAACAUGUCUUGUACAUGUCAACCAUGGAUAACAAUCCCAUCUUGGUUUACAGGGCCGAUAUCUGUAUGAACAGUCGUAGGUGCAAAGCAAGCUUGGUUAUGCAGAAGCCUCUCAACUAGGUACCUGAAAUGGGUGGUUAGACAAAUAGGUUUGUUUCCACCUAUCUCGUGCCACGUUUUUCUCCGGGA